CUUGUAUAUUUAUAUAUGCUAUAUCUAUGUAACAAACCCUACAUACACCUCAUUCCAUCUCCCAUCUCUCUCUGUCAUCCUCCAACCCCCAUCUCUCCCUCUGCGCUACAACCGAGCCGCCGUUGCAGCAGGUGGAUUUGCAAGCAGGUAGUUACAAGAUGGGGAAGGCGAAAAGCUCACGAAAGGGGAAGAAGGCGUGGCGUGCUAACAUAAGCACGGACGACAUUGAUGACUUCUUUGAGAAAUCUACCAAAGACGCUCUCACUGGAGGCUCCCUUUCCGCUGUCCCUAGUGACUCCCUUUUCUUCCUCGACAAAUCCAGAGAUCUUUCGGUCAAGCGGAAAAUUGAAAAAAAUAGGAAUAAAGUCCUCCAUUGUGACAGCUUAUUACAAAGAAACGUCUUUGUUCAGCCUGUCCCCUCUUCAAGGUUGAAGAAGUUGAAGAAGAAACAGAAGGAACAGAAAGCAAAAUCGGAAACCAAAGUUGUUCUUAAGGGUGAGGAGAAUUCAACUAUUGGGAUUCUUGACAUUUGGGAUGAUAAAGGUGAAGAAAAUGCUAAGGCCAAAAAGAAAGUCAAGGCGUCUCUUAUUCCAGCAGUCGAAGUAGAACCACCUGGUUGCUCAUUCAAUCCUUCAUUUGAAGCUCAUCAGGAUUCAUUGGCUCUUGCGGUUGCUGAGGAAAUGCAAAAAGUCUACCGUAACGAAUUGGGACCUCAGCCAGUUCCAGUAACUGUACCUGGUGAAAUAGUGAAUGAAGAAGAUAUGUAUUUUCUUGAUGCUGAUGAUAACCUGGAUGAUGAGGAUUUGGGGGAUAACGGUGAUAUCGUGAUCGGGGAAAGGCAUUCGAAAGCAAGGAGAGUGACACGAGUUGAGUUCAAUCGAAGAGCUAGGCGCAAGGACAUGCUGAAGGCGGAAGCAGAAGCAAAGAAGAUUGAGAAUAUCUCAAAAGAGAUAGACUGUUUACCAGAUAUAGUGAAAGAAAUAGCUAAAGAGGAUGAAGAAAAGCAACGAAGGCAUGUUAGACGCAUCAUAUCUAGGCAAGAAAGGCUUAAAUCUGGCCCACCGCGAUUGGGGAAGCAUAAGUUUGAACCUGCGCCUGUUCAAGUCCUCUUAUCGGAAGAGAUAUCUGGUUCCCUUCGGAAGUUGAAGGGUUGCUGCACUCUCGCAAGGGAUCGAUUCAAGAGCCUAGAGAAACGGGGGUUGCUUGCCCCAACAGCCAAGCACCACAGGAAGUAGAGAGUGAUUUCAUUUGAUGAAAUGAGCAAGUGGAAUGUGAGGCACACCCUAGCCUUGGAAAUGAUCAGUUUUGUUGGUUUUUGCACAACUUUUCACUAUUUAUUACUAAGUUUUUAGUGUACGGCGAUCUAGCCAUUUAGCUCUAUUAGGUUUAUGAUGUAUUGCCAACUUCUAAUGUUAUGCUUUCUACUUGUAGAAAAAAAAAAUAGUAAAAAAAGAGUAAACUGAAAAAGGUAAACAUGUUGAUUGUUUUAA